AUGACAUUCUGGGAAAAUGAAGGUCUUAUGGACAAUACGAUUGGGGAAGGUUUGAAUUCUUCAGCUCAAUCCUCUCGCAAUGCGUCGGAUGGGUUUACCUCUGCUUCGGAACCAAUUACAGUCGUAUACGAAGGCUACAAGUUUUUCAAAGCAGACCCUAUCCCAGGCCAAGAAGCUUCUUGGACGAAAGUUGAGCGCACGAAAAUGAUCAUGUCACAGAGAGAUUUCUGCAAGAAGGUACAGAAGCGGGCAAAUAAGAUAUCUGCAGCGCAGCAAUACCAGUCUCUGUCUGAGAUUCGACAGGCGCACGUCAAUCAACUGAUUGCUGAGAAGCGACCACUCAAUCCUGAUGCUGAAUGGAGUUGCGUCUAUGCUAAGGAGCGACAGAAGGCCUCUAAACCUCGCAAUGCUCGUCGCGAUGAUUAUGAAGUUGUUUCCAUGCAGAUAAUUCUGAUGAAGCGGCCUGUGAACACAAAGACGCACUUUAGAACUCCUAUGGGCGACCUUGUGGACCUAGGCGUUCAUUUUGGAUCGCACCCAAAUAGGGCGAAAUUAAGUCGUGAAGAGGACGGUCAUGAGAUUAGGGAUCAGGAUUUACUCACUCGCAGUCAUUUUAGGAAUCAAUCUGUGCCUGCUUUCACAGGGGCUCAACGGAGUCAGACAUUCUCAGGUAAUGAGACUGUUUGCCAGGUUCGCCGGGGGCAGGAGCCGAUGCCUCGCCCUGCUACGGCUACAACUGUCCGACGAAAGGCUGAAAUAGACCAUAACCAAGUUUGGAGGGGCUUUGAAGAUGACGAAGAAAGCUCUGGAGAACCACGCAAUAUACAAACUGCUCAAGACUUCGAUGAAGAGGAAGAAGAAUAUGUCUCAGAGAACGGCGAUGAAGUAGAUACAUCUCCGCUUCAUCGCACGGCAUCUAGUGAAACUUCCACUAUUGGAAGCCCAGGUAGUGUGAGCUGUUCUUGUCAGGACUCCGCGGUUACGCAGAAAGUUCCUUUUGAUGCGAGACAGCAUAGUCCUAGCCAGUACGAAUUUGGCUUCAGGUCUCACUUCCAGCGGAAACCACUGGCAGCUAGUAGCAAUCUGGGGAGGCAUAUGAGAACUGAGCCAUGGUAUGGCUCCAGUAACAUACCUACCAAGCGGCCUCGAUCAUCUGCUUCAGAGUUUCUAGAGGCCAGAGUGUGGGAAAAGAAAAUCCGCAUUGAGCGAAUGAAUGAGGAGGAGAUACGUGGCCGGCUUCUUGACUGCGAGACCCGCAUUGAGCAAUGGGAGAAAAUACUGCAGAAUCAGACCCGGAUACUCGGGCUACAGAUGAGAAUUGAGGCUCCUCCAGAGCAGCGGUGUCAUCAAUAA